AUGAGUUUGCCAGCCUUCAUGCCAUCCUUCACGGGCACCGAGAUCCGGACCGUGGAGAUGCAUACAUCCGGCGAGCCGGCGCGCAUCGUCUACGCUGGUUACCCAGACAUCCCCGGCACCCUCCUCGAACAGCGCUCCCUAGCACAAUCCCAACACGACCAUAUCCGCCGCAGCAUCAUCUACGAACCGCGCGGCCACGCAGACAUGUACGGCGCCGUUCUCCGGCCCCGCACGGAGCUCGUCGACGCUGGCGAAGCGCACAUGGGGGCCCUGUUCCUCACGCACGAGGGGUACGGCGCCAUGUGCGGACACGCCACCAUCGCCCUCGGCAGGUUCCUCGUCGACUGCGCAGACGAGGCCGUCUUCCCGCAGCGUCGGGACCUGGUUUUUGACGAGGAGGAGGGGACGGUCGAGAUUCGGUUGCACGCGCCUGUCGGGGUGGUUCGGCUUACCGUUCCCGUGGUCAAGAUGGACGGGGACAUGUGGAAGACGGAUGUGAAUCGGCGCAUCACGUUUCUCUCCGUGCCCACGUUCGCCACAGCCAUCGACCUCUCCGUCCCGAUCCCGCAGAGUCUACGUUGGCCGGAGUUAGGGGAUGCCGCAGCCGUGACGAUCGACGUGGCUUUCGGCGGCGCGCUCUACGCCGUCGUAUCCGCCGCGGCACUGGGCUUCACGCCCUCUCUCUCGAAGCCGGACGUCAGCGGCCUCCGCAACGCAACAAAGAAGCUCAAGCAGGCAGUCAACGCAUCGGCGGAACUCGGCGCCCGCUGUGGUCAUCCCAACGACGGCGAGGAGCGGAGCCCGCAGUCCCUCGUCUACGGCAUCAUGGUCACAGACACGGACAGCGACGACGUCCUUGCCACGGCGCCGGGCUGCGUGGGCGCGGAGACGGGAUUAUACUUUUUUGGUGAUCAGCAGAUUGACCGGAGUCCGACUGGUUCGGUUGUGCAGGCGCGGGUUGCGUUGGCUGCUGCGAGGGGCACGAGGAGGCUGGGGGCGUUGUGGACGUAUCACAGCCUCGUGUCGAGGGCCGUGGGUGGGCAUCGCGGGGCGUUUGUCGGGGCGCCUGUGGAGGAGGUCGAGGUUGGUGGGAGGAGGGCUUGGAGGGUUGAGGUGAGCGGGCAGGCUCAUUAUACGGGAUCGAGUACGUUUGUCAUGGAGGCGGAGGAUGAUAUUGGUGGGGGUUUCUCGUUUCAAGGACUGGAGGCGUGA